UCCCCAUCUUCUCUUAUUUUGGGUCCCAGACUUCCAGACCUAUUGAGGAGCCACAGGAUUUCCUAAGCCACUCCUCAGCCUGUUAGGACCUUGGUGUUCAAAAGACAGCUGAAGGAAAGUGCCAGCAUCCAUCGCACCCACACUCCCACAGUACUCCAAUCGCCAGCCCUUCCUUGGUGCUCUUCCAGGAUCUGAAUUCAGAUCCCAGUGGUAGCCCUCACACCCCUGCGGGAAGAGUAGGAAAAGUUCCAUCAUUGUCUUGAGGGGAGAAGCAAGUGGAUACCAGGGUGUGCCUCUUUCUCCUUGUGGGGCUAUGGGAUUUGGACUGCAUCAACAAGCCCCUUCCCCCAAGAACUCUUAGCCCAAAGGCAGGCUCCAAACCCCCGUCCCUACUUAAUUCCUUGUCCUAGAAUCUUGUGGUGUCUGUUUUUCUUUUUUCCCUCUCCUCCCUGGGGUUGCAGCAGCUGUCCUGAGACCCCAGCAUGACUCACUGUCUCUUCUUCCUUCUCCUUCUCCCCUCUCUAUUAACCCUGCCCUUUCCAAUCCAGUGGAGUACUAGUGAGUCUGUGCUGCAAAGGAGGCGGGCUUUCUUUUCAGAUAGGCUUCUGGGGCUUUAGCUUCCAGCACCCUAAGUGCCCUUGCACCCUUCUUCCCGCAGAUUCAGGGCUUCCUACUCCUCCCUUCACCCUGUAAAGCAGAACCCUGGAGAUUUCUUUAGUUACCCCAACAGCGCCAUUCUCCUGACUAAAAUUGGCCAUUCUUCAAAAGAAAACAGAGAUAGAAUCCUCAAGAUUCAUGAGCACGUGAGUUCUCCCCCUUGUCCUCUUGCAGGCUUCCAGCACCCUCAAGACAUUCAUGGAUGGGUGAGAGGAGCUGACACUGACUUCCCGCUCUGUGACCACAUCCUCUUGGACCAUGGAAAAAGCCUUCCUACCCCUCACUAUGACAGCCGAUCCCAGACCCUUUAAUCAGCAACUCCCAGAGCCUCCAGACCCAAGCUGUGCCUUGGAACCCCAGGACAACCCUGAACUGGCACCUGCCCUGGUGUGUGCCCUGUGCUGCUGCUUUGGAAUCAUCUACUGCUGCUUUGGCUACCGCUGCUUCAAGGCAGUGAUGUUUCUCUCGGGCUUGCUGUCAGGAGCUCUGGUGAUCUUCCUGUUGUGCCACAAGGAGCGGGUGCUGGAGACACAGCUGAGCCUGGAGGUGAGCGCAGGCAUCGCACUGGGCAUUGGACUCCUCUGCGGUUUGGUCACCAUGCUGGUUCGCAGUGUUGGGCUUUUCCUGACUGGUCUCCUGCUAGGUCUGACCCUGGGCAUUGGGGCCCUGCUGGCCACUGAGCCCAUCUACCAGCCACCUUCAGCCUGGGUACCAGCCGGAGGACUGGUGGGUCUGGCACUCCUGGGAGCCCUGCUGACACUUCGGUGGCCUCGUCACUUCACAAUUCUGGGCACAGCCUUGCUGGGUGCUGCAGUGCUAGUGGCCUGUGCUGACUACUUCCUCGAGGGACUGGCACUGGGCAGUCGGCUGGGCCAACGCCUGCAGGCACUUCCAGCUUUGCCUCCUCUCUGCUGGUAUAGCUGGGUCAUGCUGGGGACCUGGCCAGCCUUGGGGGCUCUUGGGGCCCUGGCCCAGUGGAAGCUCAUGUCUGAGGAACGUGGAGACCACGCUAAUGUAGUCUUGAGCCACCAGCGAAGGCAUCUCCAGCUUCUUCGGAUCCAUUCACAAGAGGCCAAGUGGCAUCGGACCCCUUCUGGGGUGGGACUGUGUGAGGGCAGCUAUCGGCAUCAGCUGCCACCCAGUGUCCGGAGCCCUGCUGACAGUCUGGCUCCAAGUUAUCUCCAGAGUCUUCGAGACCACCAGCUGGGACCAAGCAACCUGGCCACAGCUUCCAACACCAUUCUGGACCUGGAUUCUGACUGUGGUUCCACUGUACCCCUCACCACACCCCCUGGUUCAACUCAGACCUGAGCCUCUCAGGCCCCACCCUAAUGAGGGCCCACAGCACCUAUAUGCAAACUUCUCCAUGUCUUGGAUUUGGGGAUAGGACCUGUGCUCCAGAGCAGCCUUAUAGGGAUAUGUUUCAGGGACAGGAAUGUAAGAAUCUUGUGGGGAAGAGAGAGGCACGGAAGUAUGACUACCUCUGUCCAGUAAUAGAGGUCCCCUGCUCCCUUAAGAAACUGACUAAUUCCCUCCAAAGCAAGGAGGGCUCUUACCCAAAUAAAUAUCCAUCUCAGUAUGCCUCCCAAUGGUAAAAUAAGAGGCUUUGUUUUUAUAAGACCCGUAGAAAAUCAGGGAGCCUCCUAAGGCAUUUGAUAGCUUCCCUUUUUUUUUUUUUUUUUUUUU